AAUAAGUCAAACGCAUAGCAAAUCAAAACAGUGUGUUAUUUUGUAUCUGUAAAGGAGGAAUUUUUGUAUACUUUUAAAGUACUUUUUUUAUCUUCAAAGUUUCAUGACCGUCUGAAAUAGUUUUUUACUAAUGUUUGAAACAGUACUAACAACAUGUUGUAGAAUUAAUUAGUUCGGAAAAAUAAAAGGGCAUGUCCAUGCAAGAUGGAUCUACUGACAGCUCAGACACUGGUGUUUGAAACACUACAACAAGCAGCAAGUCAAAACUCGGACGUGCUCAAACCUGCCGAGCAAAAACUAAAAGAGUGGGAAGGUGUCCCUGGGUUUUACACCAUUCUUUUUGAUAUUUUUUCAACCCACACUGUAGACGUCAAUGUCAGAUGGCUUGCUGUUUUAUAUUUUAAGAAUGGAAUUGAGAAGUACUGGAGAAAAGGUGCUACAAAUGGCAUUUCAGAAGAAGAGAAAGCAGGGAUCAGACAAAAAAUAGCCUCCACCUUCAAUGAACCUGUGAACCAAAUCGCCGUGCAACUGGCAGUAGCUAUAUCUAAAAUGGCCAGAUUGGACUGGCCAAGAGAGUGGGGCUCGCUGAUGCCGACUCUGCUAGAGGCAGUUAAGCUGAGUGACCCCCUACAGCAGCACCGAGCUUUACUUACUCUGUAUCACGUCAUCAAGGCGUUGAGCUCCAAGCGGCUCAUCGGCGACCGUAGGACCUUCCAGGAGCUCACUGCCAACAUCUACGGCUUCAUGCUGGCUAUGUGGGAGGAGCACACCUGUUUGGCUAUCUCUCAGCUCCAGAGUGUUGGGCCUAACAACAGUGAGCCCAACAAAUGUUUAGAGAAUGCAAUGCUAUCAUUGAGGAUUCUAACAAAACUGACAAUUCAUGGACUCAAGAAACCUCAUGAGUUCCCAGAUGCUAACACCUUCCUCAAAUUGGUCUUUGAACGGGCGAAAACAAUGUUGCAUUGCAGAGUAUCAACCAGGGGGGAACUUCAGUCUCAGGUGGAACGUUGUAUCGUAAAGUUGACAAAAGUUCUUCUCUCUGUGCUGGAGAAUCAUCCUCUCUCAUUUGUUGAUUGUUUGCCGGCUACGCUUAAUUUUACCGUUCACUACGCUUUCACACCAGAAGGCGCACCACUGUUGUUUGAACGCUUCCUAAUCCAGUGCCUAAACCUGCUGAAGGGUAUUCUACUAUGUCCGGAGUACAAGCCUGCCAAAAUUAUUGAAGAAACCAAAGAGCCAGACACACUAAGGGCUCAUCAGAUCAAGAUGAGCUUUUUUGAGACGCCCAUCCUGAACAUUAUGUGCCGCAAACUCAUCACACACUACUUCCUGCUGGCUCCUCAGGAUCUCCAGCAAUGGGACGCCGAUCCUGAGGGCUUCGUUACUGACGAGGGAGGUGAAUGUUGGAAAUACAGUUUAAGGCCAUGCACAGAGACGCUGUUUGUCGGACUGUUUCACGACUUCCGCACAACGUUGAGUCCUCUAUUGCUGCAGUUGAUCACGGAGAACCACACUCCAGUGGAUCCUCACAACCUGGACGCUAUACUGGCCAAGGACGCUGUAUACAACGCUGUUGGACUGGCUGCCUUCGACUUGUAUGAUGAGGUUAACUUUGACGAAUGGUUCACAACUACAUUGAGGACAGAGCUUCAGAUGAAAGAAGGAAACUACAGGGUUAUCAGAAGGAGGGUUGCUUGGCUAGUGGGACAAUGGACUGGAGUGAAACUAUCAUGUGAUCUGCGGCCAGCUCUGUACGCAGCAAUGUUACCUCUGCUGCGUAGUGACGAGGAUAUUGCAGUAAGACUUACUGCCUGCAGCACCAUCAAGAGUGCCGUCGAUGACUUUGAAUUCAACUCUGAACAGUUCAUGGAAUACCUAGACCCACUUUUUGGCCUUCUCUUCGCUUUGCUCAAAGAAGUUCACGAGUGUGAUACAAAGAUGCACGUACUGGGUGUGUUGUCGUUUGUGGUAGAAAGAGUAGGGAUUGCUAUCCGUCCCUACGCCAACUCUUUGGUUCAAUAUCUACCUCUGCUGUGGCAAGAAUCCACCGACCACAACAUGCUGAGAUGCGCAAUUGUAUCUACCCUUGUACAUCUAGUCAAGGCUCUGGGGACAGUUUCAGAGAGUGGGUCCCUGGCACAGUUCCUGCUAGGUGUAAUACAACUAUCUACAGACACACAACAGCCCAGUCAUGUGUAUCUGCUGGAGGAUGGACUGGAGCUGUGGCUUACUCUGCUAGAGAACUCUGCUACUAUCUCUCAACCGUUACUGGGCCUGUACAACAACAUGACUCAACUGUUAGAACUUUCAUCAGAAAACUUAAGGACAUGCUUUUACAUCAUUCAAGCGUACAUCCUCUUAGCACCUGAAAUUUUCUUACAGCACUACGGAGAGCAGGUGAUGCGCAGCUGUAUGUACCUGUUGACUGACAUGCGUAGUGAAGGUAUUGUGAUGACCAUGAGACUUCUGGAGUUGUGUCUAAAAGCUAACCCGACUAGAGCUGUCACUCUGCUGGAGCCUGUCUAUCCCAGGAUAUUCCAAGCUGUGUAUGUUGGUGAAGAAUUCCCAAUGGUGAUGUCUAUGUAUCUUUCCAUUAUUGCAAGAGUGCUUCUCAUCUCGAGGGAUAUGUUUAGUAGGGUGGUGGUUCACCUGGCUGAGUCACUCAAGGUGACUCUAGAGUCAGUCACUUCCAAGAUCCUGGACGUCUGGUUGGACAAGAUGUCUCUGGUCACACAGCCGGAGCGGAGCAAACUUCUGUCACUAGCACUCGCCUCUUUGAUCACUUCACAGAGCCCGGUGGUGUUGCAAAGGUUUUGCAGUAUUUUAUUGAGUGUAUCAGAAGUUCUCAAUGAUAUUACUCGAACUGAUGAUAUGGGACUGAUUAUUGAUUCAAUAAUGUGGAACGGAGAUGACCUGAGUCCGAACAGUCAGUAUGACAGUGAUAUUGAUUACAAAACUGAACACGACCAAAGAAGAGAACAGCUGGCUGCCUCGGACCCUGUGUACCAACUUGAGCUGCAGAAAUACUUCGGCGAACAGCUGAAAGAACUGCAGAACCAAGCCGGACCUCUAGUCUUUGCCCAGUUGCUGCAGACUGUUGAUGCCGAUACGUUGCAGCAAGUGAGGGACUACGUUCCUUUGUAACUAACUCAGAUAAUAUUAUUGUACAUUUCCAUUGUUAAUAAAUGUAAUCAGAUUGUAUUUAGCAUAUUUUACUAAAUAAUUGUUUAUAAUAACUGUUCUGUAACUAAUUAUCAGGUAUACCGGGUUGUGAAUUUCUUUCAGUUAAUGGCGAGAGUAGUAAGCUUUUAGAUCUGUACAAAUAGUGUUGUUUUGUUACUGGAGUUUUUAGAACUAAUGUUACUAUGAUUUUUUUACGAUUGCAUCCUGGAGUUGGACAAUGUUGUUACUGAUGAGAUUAGUUGAUAGAUGAUUAUGUUGUAAAUUAUCUCUAAAAUGAAACAUUUUAUCCUUUGGACUAAAAUUUAUAAUUUGUAGAAAUAUUGAUAUCUGUUAAAUAAUUAGAGAAUGUAAGAACAAAUUUUAGAGAAAGAGUUUGUCAAAGAAAAGAAAAGCAAUAACAAUGUUAACGCAAUUAAAAAUCAUAGCUUGGUAAGUAAUAGUAUUGAUGAAUUAAUAUUUCAUUUUUGGAGUUAAAUUGUAUUACCAUUACAAUAAUUAAGAGUGUUGUCAUAACCUCCCCUAAUACAAGGCCGCGGCUUUGGUGUGUGGCAACAUCAUGCCAAACAGAAAUAACAAAAGGGUAAACUUAAACAUUGCCUAUACUGUCCAUUAUAAAUUAGUGCAACAGCUGUUUCGUUUUGACGGGACAGCGGUGUUACGACUUUUGUCUCACCGCGGUCUUGUGUUUGAGGAGGCUACGUGUUGUGUAUAAUGUUUUGAAAACUAAUGGCUGAUUUUUUGUUGAUCUCAAGUAAAGUCAAUAAUCAAUUUUAAGGUUUGUUUGAAAAUAACCUAAACCCUCAUUAUUGAGCAGCUAAGUUGUGUGUGAAUUGUAAAAUACCUUUACUAAUUAAACUGCGUUUUUGUAAUUAACUAUUUAUUUUUUACAUGAAUUUUAACUUGGAAUAAUAAAUUUUAUUGGUAGAAUCUUGUAUUUUUUGGUUUGUUUUACGUUUUACAGUCAAUAAACGAAUUUAAGUUAUGUUACAGAGAAUUGCAGGGUAGGCUAUGGUUAUUGGAUAAAAUAACUGACAGAAAUACAUUUUGCUUGAUAUUUUUUGAGUAAAAAAAUAUUUAUGCUGGAAAAAGUUGUAAUGUGGAGGUCUGAUUUUUUAAAUAAGCAGGUAUGUAAUAUUAAAGAUUAGAACUUGAUUUUAUGAGAAAUUAAAUCUUUAGCUUUAACUAUAUUUAAGAUUUGAUUUAUUUUAGAUAAAAUGUCUGUUCAUAGAAAAACCCUUGGUAUUUAUAUCAAUUUCAACUAAGCUGCCAACUUAUUUUUAAGUAUUGAGUUUAAUAGAAUAGAUGUGUUUAGAGAAGGGUUCAUAAUUUUUAAUGUGACUAAUAAUGCCACCACUAUUCCUAGUUACAUUGAAUUAAUAAAACUUCUUCAAAUCUAAAACUGGCUAUUGAUAAUAUUGAAGUAGAAAUUGAGAAAAAUCUAAGUUUCACAUAAUAUUACCAACAUGAGAUCAUGUUGAACUAAUCAGAAUGGUUAAAAUAAUACUCAUGCUUAAUGACCAGCAUUAAAGAACUCAUGAAAAACUGAAUGUGUUUACCUAUUUACUCUAGUUAUAAUUUGUUUAGUCCUUGAAUUAAGACUUUAGUUUAAGGCUUGGAUACCAAAAUAUUGAAGCAUCGGUAAAAUUCUCAAGAUUGUGUGCCAUGUACUGAAGCUGAUAUGUAGUUCAAUAAAAUUAUUUUUUGUUUACA